AUGAAGGCCUCUACCAUCCUCGCUCUUGCCGGCGCUCUCGCCGUCUCUGCCCAGAGCUUCCCCGACAACUUCCCCGACUGCGGCAGAACCUGCGGCAACAACAUGCUUGACAAGGCUGGCUCCGAGUUCCAGUGCGGCCGUGAUGAUGCUGCCUGCUUGUGCAAGAACGUCAACUUCGGCUACGGCAUUCGCGACUGCUCUGCCGCUAUUUGCUCCGUGGCCGACGCCGAGACCGCCGUCAACUGGGCCAAGAAGUGGUGUGCUGAUGCCGGUGUCACCAUCAACCCUGGUGCCGGCUCUGGCUCUGGCUCUGAUGGCUCUGGCUCUGAUGGCUCUGCCUCCGUCACCACCUCCACCGUUGUCUCUACCGUCACCUCCGACUCUGCCACCAGCACCGUCACCUCCGUGACCACCGUCUCCGAUGGCGCCGGCGCUGGCGCUGGUGGUUCCGCUAGCUCUGCCUCUGGCGACGCCACUGCCAUCACCACCAGCGAGUUCACCUCCACCUUCACCAGCGGCGAGUCCACCAUCACCAGCACCGGUACCACCACCAUCUCUGGCGUCUCUGGCGUCGCUGGCGCUACCUCUGUCCCCGAGACUACUGUCACCAACCCCGUUGUCUCUACCGUCACCUCCGAGAGCUCCACCUUCGAGACCACUGUUGGUAGCACCACUUUCACCUCGUCCAUCACCGGCUCUGCUCUCAGCUCUGCUCUCCAGAGCCAGGCCUCCAGCGCUUCCAGCGAGGGUGCUGCUCCUCAGCAGACCGCCGCUCCCAUUGCCGGUUUCUUCGCCGCCGCUGGUCUCGCCGCCAUGCUUCUCUAA